AUGUCUGAUUUAUAUUAUACUGAGGAAGGCAUUGAGGAGCUUCAAGAUGAUGACAUAGAAGAUAUUCCCAUGCAGCUGAAUGCACAGGAGGGAGAUGACGACGAAAUAACUCCUGAUUUAUGGCAAGAGGCCUGCUGGCUCGUUAUCAGUAGUUAUUUUGAUGAAAAGGGUUUGGUUCGGCAACAAUUGGAUUCUUUUGAUGAAUUUAUUCAAACGUCCGUCCAAAAGAUUGUUGAGGACUCCCCUGUUAUUGAGUUUCAGGCAGAAGCUCAGUACAUAGGUGGAAUGAUUGAGAAACCGGUGCAAUAUGCCCUUCGAUUUGAACAAAUUUAUCUCAGCAAAGCAACUCAUUGGGAAAAAGAUGGUUCUUCUGCUCCCAUGACACCGAAUGAUGCACGACUUCGGAACCUGACCUAUGCUGCCCCCUUGUACGUUGAUGUUGUCAAAAAAGUCACCAGGGACGGCUACGUCGAUGAAAAAAAAUUUGAGAAGAAGUUUAUUGGCAAAAUUCCCAUAAUGCUGAGGUCGAGUUAUUGCAUUCUGGCUGUAAUGAGCGACCGUGACUUGGCAGAACUUAAUGAAUGCCCUCUUGAUCCUGGUGGCUACUUCAUUAUAAAUGGAUCUGAGAAAGUUUUGAUUGCUCAGGAGAAGAUGGCUACAAAUACAGUCUAUGUAUUUCAACAGAAGGACAGCAAGUACGCCUACAAAACUGAGAUUCGAUCCUGUCUUGAGCAUAGUUCUCGCCCAGCCAGCACGCUUUGGGUUAACAUGAUGGCCCGUGGUGGUAAAGACAGCAAUAAACGCGCAACUAUCGGUCAACGCAUUGUUGCCAUCCUCCCUUAUAUCAAACAAGAGAUACCUGUUCUAAUUGUGUUCCGGGCUCUCGGCUUCGUGGCUGAUCGUGAUAUUCUAGAACAUAUUAUCUAUGACUUUGAGGAUAGUGAAAUGCGUGAAAUGAUAAAGCCGUCUCUUGACGAAGCUUUUGUUAUUCAAGAUCAGAAGGUUGCGCUUAAUUUUAUCGGGUCCCGUGGUGCUCGCCCAGGCGUCACGAAGGAAAAGCGCAUCAAAUAUGCUAAAGAGAUAUUACAAAAGGAAACACUUCCUCAUGUUGGUAUUUCUGAUUACUGCGAUACUCGCAAGGCCUUCUUUUUGGGAUACAUGGUUCACCGUCUUCUUCUCACAGCGCUCAAACGACGUGAUGUUGACGACAGAGACCAUUAUGGAAACAAGCGACUGGAUCUUGCGGGUCCUCUACUUGCCUUUCUCUUUCGUGGACUGUUUCGUAACUUAACCAAAGAAAUUAGACUGUAUGCCCAAAAGUUCAUCGACAAAGGGAAGGACUUUAAUCUCGAAAAUGCUAUUCGUAGUCAGAUAAUAACAGAUGGCUUGAAGUACUCCCUCGCUACGGGCAACUGGGGAGAUCAGAAGAAGGCCAAUCAAGCUAGGCCGGGUGUUUCUCAAGUUCUCAAUCGACUCACGUUUGCAUCUACCCUGUCGCAUCUUCGGCGUUUGAAUUCUCCAAUCGGUAGAGAUGGGAAGUUGGCUAGACCUCGUCAGCUACACAACACUUUGUGGGGCAUGAUUUGUCCAGCAGAAACGCCGGAGGGUUCUGCUGUUGGUUUGGUCAAGAACUUGGCUCUCAUGGCGUACAUAUCUGUCGGGAGUCAACCGUCACCGAUUUUAGAGUUUCUUGAGGAAUGGAGUAUGGAGAACCUAGAAGAGAUUGCUCCCUCCGCAAUCGGAAAAACUUGUAAAAUCUUUGUCAAUGGCUGCUGGGUCGGGAUACACAAUUCCCCGGAUCAUCUUAUGGUCACACUGAGGAAACUUCGGCGCCAAGUGGAUGUUAUUGUGAGUGAGGUCAGCAUGAUCAGGGACUAUCGUGAUCAGGAGAUCAGAAUUUACACUGAUGCUGGUCGUAUCUGCCGUCCGCUUGUCAUUGUUGAGAAAGGCAAGCUUAUGCUCAAGCGGACUCACAUCGAUCAACUAAAAAAUAGAGCCUAUAACCAGCUUGUGCUGUACGGUGUGGUGGAAUAUAUUGACAUUCUAGAGGAAGAGACAGCCAUGAUUGCUAUGGGUCCGGCUGAAAUGCAGGCCGCAGUAAAUUACUGCAAGACCCAUACUCACUGUGAGAUUCAUCCAAGCAUGAUUCUGGGCAUCUGUGCGAGCAUCAUUCCCUUCUGUGAUCACAACCAAUCUCCGCGGAACACCUACCAAAGCGCAAUGGGAAAACAGGCUAUGGGUGUAUACAUCUCCAACUUCCACACUCGAAUGGAUACCUUAGCUAACGUAUUAUACUAUCCUCAGAAGCCCCUUGUUACCACGCGAUCAAUGGAGUAUCUGAGGUUCCGAGAAUUACCAGCUGGUAUCAAUGCCAUUGUGGCGAUCGCUUGCUACACUGGCUACAACCAGGAGGACUCGCUAAUUGUUAAUGAGAGUGCUAUUCAGCGUGGUUUCUUCCGAUCGGAGUUCUACCGAACUUAUAAAGAUCAGGAAGCGAGACAUGGAAUGGAUCAGGAAGAGGUUUUUGAGAAACCAAAUCCACAAACUUGUCGCGGAAUGCGACACGCCAUUUAUGAUAAGCUAGACGAUGAUGGUCUCAUCGCUCCUGGCACACGUGUUUCCGGUGACGAUGUGCUUAUUGGAAAGACUAUUUCCCUACCAGAAAAUGAGGAUGAGCUCGAUGGUGGUCAAAGGCGCUACACAAAACGUGAUGCUUCCGUAUUUAUGCGCCGCAGCGAGUACGGCAUUGUGGACCAGGUAAUGGUCACCUGGAAUAAUGAGGGGAAUAAGUUUUGUAAGGUGCGUGUGCGGACCACAAAGACGCCACAAGUUGGCGACAAGUUUGCUUCUCGUCAUGGCCAAAAAGGCACCUGCGGCAUCCUAUAUCGACAGGAAGAUAUGCCCUUUACUUGCGAGGGUAUCACUCCUGACAUUAUCAUCAACCCUCAUGCUAUUCCAAGUCGAAUGACAAUUGGUCACCUGAUAGAGUGUCUUCAAGGGAAAGUCAGCGCAAAUAAAGGCGAGAUAGGCGAUGCUACCCCCUUCAAUGAUGCCGUGAACGUACGAAAGAUUUCCAUCCUCCUGCAAGAGUACGGCUAUCAACACACAGGAAACGAGAUCAUGUACAAUGGUUUUACAGGUCGUAAACUGAACUCUCAGAUCUUUUUGGGUCCUACGUACUACCAGCGUUUGAAGCAUAUGGUUGACGACAAGAUCCACUCGCGCUCACGUGGACCUGUCCAAAUUCUCAACCGUCAGCCAAUGGAGGGUCGCAGUCGCGAUGGCGGUUUGCGGUUCGGCGAAAUGGAACGUGACUGUCAGAUCGCCCAUGGUGCAGCCCAGUUUCUCCGGGAACGCCUCUUUUUCGCCAGCGAUCCCUAUCAGGUUUAUGUAUGCAACCUCUGUGGUCUGAUGGCUAUCGCACAUCAACGCAACAAGACUUUCGAGUGUAGUGCUUGCCAGAAUACCACGCAGAUAUCCCAGGUGGCUCUGCCGUACGCCUGCAAGCUUCUCUUCCAAGAGCUCAUGUCUAUGUCCAUCGCACCGCGUAUGAUGGUGAAUGCAAAUUCCACUCAAUUUUAA